UAGAAAAAAAAAGCUUAAGUUUCGAUUCUGACUGGGUGUGGGGAAUUCAACGACCAGAAGUGUGGUGGUGACAUCUCGGGUUAACCUGUCUCUCAUCCAUCAUGCCCAGGCGCUGGAAAAGGUCCUUGGAAAAGACUUUGAGCUGAAUCAGCACUUCAGAAUAUCUGCCUCCUUGUAACGUCAGCACGGAUCAGUGUGGUCUACAGGAUGGAGGAUAUAGAAAAGUUGCCCAUUGAAAAAUGGACGGAGGGUCAGGUGAGCUCCUGGCUACGGAGCAUAGGAAUAAAAGAGACGUACGUUAGCAAGCUCUACGAGGAGGAAGUGGAUGGACAAGUCCUUCUGGAAAUAACGGAGGACGAUCUCAAAAGCAAAGUAGGAAUGAAACUCGGGCCAGCCCUUCUGAUCAUUAAUAAAAGGAAUCAACUCAUUGAAUCAGUUAAGACAAAACAAAAGGUUCAAGGAAAACAACAACAACCCACAACCAAAGAGAGAUCAGGGGGUCCGGAGGAUGCAGGAGAGCCACAAAUUGAAAAGGAGCCAGAAAGUCAGAAAGAUGUAGAAAAACCAAUUCAGCAACGUCCCUUUGUUGCUAAUGAGACCUCAGGCAGUCAGGAAGUUGCAGAAGACAAACAAAUUCCUGAAGAGGAGACAAAAGGCCCAUCCGUGGUCAUGCCAUACAUGAAGAGGGACUGCAAACCCAGGCCAUUUGGGAAAGAGGGCAUUAACUUCACAUAUAUCAGUUCCAAUGUUCUUCAUCCUGAAACAGGUGUUUCUGAUCUUAUCUCUCCUUGUCACGAGUACAAGUCAUUUGCCACUGCUGCCAAAUUAGACCGCAGCAGACUGCAGGCAAAGUUUGCCAAAGAAGUCCUCAAAUUUGGCACAGGUUGCAUGAACAUCAGAUCCAAUGGCACAAUACAUUUUGGAGUUAUGGAUAGUAGAGAAGACACAGGCUACAUCCAUGGUGAAAUUAUUGGCAUACCAGUGCCAGAAAAAGAUAUGUAUGUUGAUGCUUUAGAUUACAUAGAGAAAUGCCACUCUAGUUCAGAUGCUGAACAUGUGAGGCUAUGCAUACGUCCACCAAAGUUCAUAGAGGUCACUGACCUACUCACAGAAGAGAAGAGGUACGUUGUGGAAGUUGACAUUGUACCCUUAAUAAGCGUUGUGAAGAACAGGGUUUACUCUGUCCGUCUACCAAAUUUUAAUGCGAAGUCCAACAAAGUGGAGAAGGAGAAGGAAGUUAUCUAUUGUCGGGUGGGCGCUUCAACCAAGCCAGUGGAUGACCAAAAUGAGUUUUAUCAGCGAGUCACUGCACGGGAUGCUCAAAGAGAAGCUGCAGAGAACCGUCAAUAUGCCAUCAUGCCAGACACCUACCAAGACAUGGGGAGGAAGCUCACAAUGCUCAUUACAGGUGGGAAGAAAUAUAUUGAGAAGGGAAAAUGGUUCAUCCUGGUCACAAACCGAUUUCACAGUGAAGACCUCAGCAACAUUGACUUCUUACUGAAUAUGAAGAUCUUCUGUGUCUUUGAUUUUGAUCCUGACUCUAAUGUGUCUGGAUUCUGUCAGGAGUACCUGAGGCACCAUGCUGCUAACUUGCACUUCAUGCACGACUACAUGAUACCAAGUGGGAUGACCAUAGGGGAAUUUCAAAGCCGCCUGCAUUUGUUUGAACAAACCAGCUGGAUCUUUUGCAAUGGUCGCAAUGAUUUCAGAGGGAAGGAGCCAAGUGACGACAAGACAUGGUUCAAAACUAAGAAGACUCAUUUAAAAGAAUGUGUGUCACUGAUCUGCAAACAGAUCCUGCCCAAAGGUACCUUCACAUUGAUCUUCCUUCUUACUUCUCCUGUGGAAGGACCUCUCCUGCAUACCUACAGUGAAUUCUUCUCUGAUAUGGAGGGUCAUGAAGACAUUAUGUGCCUAUCAGAAUCUGAGGACAACUUUGAAAAGUGGCAGAGUUUCGCUGGGGGAAGUUUCUGUGACGAAAGCACAGUGAACCGCUCAAGUGUUGUCGGGAUGAAAAUGAGCCAUGUCAAUGCAACUCUUCAGCGCAUCCAAUCUGUGGCUUCUCGAACCACAAAACAUCUACCUACUUAUGUGAAAGGGGAGUGUCUUCUCGAGACUCGUGAGGAAGAGAGGAUGUAUUCACUCGAGAUUGUAUACAUGGACCACUGUGAUGAAACCAGAGACAAAUUCAUUGAAGCUGAGAAAGAAAACAUUGAGCAGCACUUCUACCAUGGAGGAAAAGUGAGUUGGAUGAAUUUCUGGCUAGCAGAGAAGAGGCAUGUUGGGGAGGUCAUUCAAAGGGACGCUUAUGACGAAAUCUCAAAUCUCCUCAGUGACUGUCUUAAACCUAGUGCAGACCAGUUACCCACCCACAGCCUCAACAUAUUUCAUCACCCAGGCAGUGGUGGCAGCACAGUUGCCCGACAAAUCCUGUGGAACAACCGGAAAAAGCUCAGAUGUGCAGUUGUGAAACCAUCCUACUCUGCUGUCAUUGUGUCUGAACAUGCAUAUCUCCUUCGAACAUAUGAGGAAAAAGACAUCCAAAAAUGUUUGCCCGUCCUUUUGCUUGUAGAAGACUGCUAUGGCGAUUUUUUGUUUGACCUAAAGAAUGAGUUGGAGGUUGCUGUUAACAGACAGAAAAUUGUGCAAGGAACGCUGUGCUUCGUUGUCCUGAGCUGUAGACGAUCCUACAAUCCAGAGAAAAUGUGCAAGGAGUCACCACUUCACAAUGUGCUGGUGACCCACAAACUAUCAGAUGAGGAGAAGAGGCAGUUUGCUGGCAAAAGGAAGAUGCUUGAGAAACAGUACAAGCCAGAGUUCAUCUUGACAUUUGUCCUGAUGAGCGAAGGAUUUGACCAUCAGAAGAUUUCUGACUAUGUGGAACAGUUUGUGAAACAUUUGCUACAGGGCAUUGACCACGACCAUGUUGUCACUCGCCUCAUUCGUUACGUGGCCCUACUGAACACUUACGUGCCGAACUCCUUCCUCUCCCAGUCCCACUGUGAAGCUCGACUUACUCUUUCUAUACAACUCCAGUUCCAGUUACUCCAGGGUGAAGUCAAGGAAGAAUUUCGUCAGCAUGCCUUUGAGGAAGCACUGACUGAGCAAGCCAGACUGGUUUUUAUACACCUGAGAGAUGAAAGGACACACAUUAAAUCCAUCAGAAUCAUUCACCCCCUAGUUGCAAAAGAAAUACUGCAGCAACUCUUACAUAAUCAAAAACGGGAAAGCGGAUUGGCUCUGGAGAUUCUCGGUGACAAUGUCUUGUUUGAGCACAGGUUUGGGAGGGAAGACUAUGGGAAGUUUCUGCGAGCCCUGUUUAUGAGGCGUGAUAGGAUCAGCAAAGGAGACGAGUCAGACAGUUUCUUCUCCCCUCUCAUUGAACAUGUGAGAGAUACCGAAAGUCCAGAGCAGGCAAUCGACCUCCUCAAAGAGGCUUACAAGCGUUUUGACAAAGACCCUCUAUUUGCUCAACAUCUGGCUCGUCUGAAUUACAGUAGAGAAAAAUUUGAAGAAGCAGAACACUGGGCUGAGAUAGCUGCCAAAAAGUUACCCAACAACCCAUUUGUUCUUCACACCAAAGGCCAAGUGUACAGGAAGUGGUUCUACGCAAAGGUGGCAGGACUGAAGAAAGAGAAUAAAACUGCAGAAAGGAUAGCAGAUGCUGUCAGAACUGCUGUAAAAUCCAUGGAUUGCUUUCAGGACUGUCAGAGAGCAGCUAUUGAGGACGCCGACUCAAUGAGCAAUUCAGGAAUUUUUGCUGCAGUCGAAGUUGGAUGUCGCCUAUUGCAGCUAUUUUCCAAUUCCUCUGUGUUCUCUAACAAAAAAGAAUGUGUGAAAUAUCUGCUCACUGACCACAUUCCAGACAAUGUGAAACAGCCAUGGGAGCAAUUUCACAGCAAACUUAAAGGCCUCCAUAACAUUAUUCAGAAAGCUCUGGAGUGGAUAUCAGAGGACUUGAGCUAUUUUCAGACAGACCCAAGUACAGAUGAUGAGGAGGCUGAGGAUCACAUAAAGCACCCUAAGAAGUGGCUGGUGAUUAAGACAGUUGAGUACGGGAAAUAUUUCAGUGUGUCAUUGGAUGAGGCUCAUCCCGAGGCAAGUUUAAACAUUCCAAGCCCCGCUAUGACACGCAUGAAAAUCUACCAACUUGGUGGGGGAAACAUGACAAACAUCUUCUCCAUUUUGACUGAUUCCGAAGGAAAGGACAAGGUCAAAGUACUGGAGGACCUCGUAUGUUUAUACAAACUACUGAAGGGGAAGCUGGAUCAAAUGGAUUUGGUCAGCUACAUAUCCUCUCACAUUGCUCUUAGCUGUCUGUCAACUCAGUCUAAAGCAUUGGCCCCUCUGAAAGAGCUUCAAGAUCUUAGCCAGAAAUUUCCUAAAGACAAACGGAAAUGUAAGUCGAACGCUCUCUUCUUACUCACACUCCUGUUCUGGCCUGAAGAGCAUGACAGCGAAGAAGACAAGGAGAAAAAAUAUGAACACGUUCUGUCUGUGGUCAAAUUCCUCACAACCUGCUAUCAUGACAAAAUGAAGGACAUUCCCCCAAGAAAAAGAAGAAUUUACACUCAUUUUUUCUUGGGCAAUGGAAAUGGCUUGGGAAAGAUCAUUCACAAGAGCAAAGUGGAAACAACCACAAAAUCUCUGCCAGUUUCAGAGAAGAGGAUGAGAUGGUACCAUGGAGAUGUGUGGAAGAUGCCAGAGCCUGCCAAACUGUUGAAAUGUGUUUCUGGCAGGACAGAAAAUGGAAGGGUCUAUCUAGAAGGCCCACAAAAGCUGGAAUUCAUUGUCCCUGCCCAGAACGUAGCCUCUGUGCCUUAUAGCAAUGAAAAUGUCACUUUCUACUUGGGCUUCACAAUGAGAGGCCCUAUGGCAUACAAUGUCACUAUUAAAGGUAAAUGA